GGCACCACCAAUUCGUGGCACCCGUUAGCGUUGCUACAUAUCCACGCAGUGGAAGCAAUAGGUAGUAGCUCGCAGCUGCGCUCGUAUCAAGGCUCUCUGCCUCAGCCAGGCACCUGGCCGGGUGGUCUGACAGCCACUUUUCACACCCUUAUGUCGCUAGUAGGUCACGCGGAUCGAAUACAAGAGAACGAUGCAGGCGUAGCAUUGGCAAGGAAGUGGUACGCAAAACGAGCAAACCCAGGCAUUGAUAAUGAAUGGAAAGCGCGGCCGGAACUUGCCGAAAAUCUGACGAGAGUUGACACAUUUACGCUUACGCGGUGUAAGCUGACGCAAACGUCGUCCAGGUCAGGCUCGACGUUGUCCAGCGCAUCUUUCUCCUCGACCUCGACCUCCUAGACAUCGUCAGCUCUUCAACUGCACACCAUUUUAUUGUAUCGUUGGGUCCUCCAAUAUUCGUGCAAUUCUCGCAUACGGCUGGAUUAACCACGCACGAUACUACACUCCGUGUCAGCCAGCAUCCACAAUGGACUUCCCUCUUUUCGGCGAUGGCCCCGGGGGGCGGCGGCGUGAAAUCAACCUAGGUGGACUUAUCACCGCAACCAGCCAAACGUCGUUGUUACAGGACGCGAAAGCACGACGCAUGCAGCGGAACGACUUACGCAAGCGGCAAGAAAGCGCCACGCGCAUACAAAGCUGGUGGCGCGGUCGCAAGCAUGCUCAACGUGUGCGCAGCGAGCUCAGACGGACAUUUGAGGAUAACAUCACGAAUAUCACUGGCCUGCGAUGUCUGGUACUUAUUGGCAAGGACGAGGCUUUGCUUGGGCGGUGGGCGGAAGCGAUACUGGUGGAUAAUGCAGCACACCUAAUCGAAGCUGGGUCAGAUCCCACGUGGACAAUUUCUUUACGCAAAGUAUCGGUACUCCUACUGCAUGCCGUAUCAGACAGCCCACUAUCUUCUGCCGCAGAUGCACAACUUCGGGUCAUCGAAGCUCUUCUAUCGCCGCAGUCAUCGUCGAAGCUCUCGAGCGCACAGAUGGAGCUGCUCUCGUAUCUCCUAAACCAUGGGUAUUAUAGCCUGCUUGGCCGUGCAAUAUCCCGCGUCCCCGCGCAGUCCAAGUCAAUACCCAGCCUACCAACGCUGGUAUCACUUUCCGUCUUGCCCUUUACACUCCUUGACCCUGCGUCCCCCCAGUUCAUGCUCGCCGUCAUUCACUUCUUUUCAGGCGUGCUCACUGUCCCCCUCUUGCCGAACCGCCUCCCGCUUCUCUCUCUUACUUUUCUCGCGCCGCGUAUUCCUCUACAGCAUCUCACCGUAGACAUAGUUCCGCGCGUGCUUGCUUUCAUCACUUCAGACGAUGCGCGCGUCCAACUUCUGGCAAAUCUGACUGCAUUCGCUCCGCCACGGUACAAUGCUCUCCCCGCACCUGCGGUCGCGACUUACUUGCGCCUCACUGCGGAAACAAUGAUGGUAUUGCCGAUUCAUGCACUUGAGCCGCCGGAACGUAAUACUCCACGAAGCAACGCUUGGGCCGGAGAUGACGAGGAAUCGGACGAAGGAGAGUCUAGUACACACGUCGAGGUCGUAUCGAUUUUCACUGCGCCGUCUCGGCCGUUGCCUACCCUCGACAGCAAGACGCGCAUGAGAUUACAAACACUGCCAUCCCCCGCCCACUUGAACUCGCUUGUGUCCGUAGCAUACAAGCAUACUGGCAACACGAGCAGGGAGGCAUUGGUGAAGUGGUUGCAGGCCCUCUCGACGAUCUGGCCCAGCCGUCGAGAUCGGAUUGCCGGCGUCGUUGUUGCGUGGAGCGGCGGCGGGCUCGUUAGGGAGGUGUAUCGAGGGUAUGUCAGACGCAACCCUUUCGGAACCGCGGGAAACGUUGCUGCGUUGACAGACCCAGCUCACGCUGCACACUGGCCGCCGCUUCUCUUUCUUGUCGACCUCUACAAUCAAGCACUGCUCACAAUGGGUGACGACGAGUUCUUUUCGUCCUCUCCAACUACACUUUCUUCUGCCACGCUGGCUGCCAGCACAGCGACGACCACCAUUACUGCGCGGAAUCCGCUCACGCUAGAUGAAAUCGCAUCGUUCAGCAAGCAGUUGCUCAGUAUCGUGUUUGUGCUGUAUUGGAGAGAAGACCAGACGAACGUGAGCGAAGCAACUGUCCCAGGCAUACCGAACUUAAGCCUGGAAAAUGUGAGAGAGCGUAUGACGAAGCUACUGCAAGCGAUACACGCGAGAGACUCGCGACGUCCGUUUACGCCGCCAGACCACUGGCUUAUGACCUCGCAAGUUGACAUUGGCCCUUUCGUCGAUGCUGCCAUCUACGAAGAAUCGCAAAUGUCGCACGAUACUACCGGCACCGCACCGCGUAACCUUUCUAAGCGCCAGAUCGCCCUUCUGUCUCCCCGUCUCGGCGUGCUCAACAACAUCCCCUUCGCGAUCCCGUUCGAUGUGCGUGUGAGCAUUUUUCGGAGUUUCGUACAAAACGACGCUGCUGCUCGUGGAUACAAUUUGCGGAGCCGGCACGCUGGGUUUAACCCGCCCGUCCGGGUUACUGUGCGUAGGGGCAACAUUGCACAGGACGGGUUCAAUCGUUUGGGUGAUGUGGACCUCAAGGGACCAAUUGCGAUCACCUUCAUCGACCAGUUUGGGCAGGAAGAGGCAGGCAUCGACGGUGGUGGAGUCUUUAAAGAGUUCCUCACCGAACUAUGUAAGGAGGUGUUCGACACCGAUCGUGGGCUGUGGCUUGCGAGCAAGAAGAACGAGCUGUAUCCCAACCCGCAUUCGUAUGCGACCGAAUCGGGAAGCCUGGCGUGGUACCGGUUCAUCGGGCGCAUACUCGGCAAGGCACUCUACGAGGGCAUCCUGGUUGACGUCGCGUUCGCGGGAUUCUUCUUAGCGAAGUGGCUAGGCAAACAAAGCUUCUUGGAUGACCUUGCAUCGCUCGACCCGGAACUCUAUCAAGGCCUCAUCUUCCUCAAGCAUUACACCGGCAACCCAGAAGACCUCUCGCUCACGUUUGCCGUUACUAGCGAAGAAUUUGAUGUAACCAGAACGAUCCCGCUCAUCCCGAAUGGCGACCAGAUACCAGUGACACGCGAAAACCGUCUGCAAUACAUCUACCUCAUUUCACACUACCGGCUGAAUAAGCAGAUUAAGCGCCAGAGCGACGCGUUUUUCGAGGGCUUGUCGGAGAUGAUUGAUCCCAAGUGGUUGCGGAUGUUUAAUCAGCAAGAGUUGCAAAUUCUCCUUGGCGGCGUUAACUCGCCGAUUGAUCUAGACGAUCUGCGCACAAAUACACAGUAUGGCGGGCUCUUCAACGACCACGAGUCAACAAUCGAAAUGUUCUGGCGUGUCGUAAACACUUUUAAUCAGGACCAGCGACGUGCGCUUCUCCGCUUUGCAACGAGCUGCAGUCGACCGCCGUUGCUAGGUUUCAAGGAGCUUGUGCCCAACUUUGCCGUACGUGACGCAGGCUCAGACGAGAAUAGAUUACCGACAGCAAGCACCUGUGUGAACCUACUCAAGUUACCGCGAUACACGAGCGAAAGGAUGCUACGGGAGAAGCUCUUGCAGGCGAUACAGUCGAACGCCGGAUUCGAUCUAUCGUGACGAAACUCGUGAGGCUGCCAUUGAUAAUUGCUGCGCUAUUUUAGAGUACGCCCAUGUACAUUACGAGAGGGUUCGCAUCUCGCUCCUCGGCACAUUGAUUGUUGAACGAAGACU